AUGCAUUUCUUCAGUUUGUCUUUUAUUGGCAAGUCUGAAUUGAUCUCCAGCAAAGGCUAUCCAGUCGAAGAAUACGAGGCUACAACCAGCGACGGUUAUGUGAUUCGCAUUCAACGUAUUCCACGAGGCAAAAACGAAAGCCAGGACGCACCUUUGUCCAAUAAGACAACGAUAUUGCUGCAACAUGGCGUGCUCGGUGCCUCAUCAGAUUUCGUUAUAAAUUUUCCCAACCAAAGCUUGGGAUUCAUUCUGGCCGACGCUGGAUACGACGUGUGGUUAGGAAAUUCCCGAGGAAAUACAUACUCAAGUCACAUAAACCUCACUCGGGAAGAGAGGCAAUUCUGGGACUUCAGCAUUGACGAAACGGCUUCCGACGAUUUACCAUCAAUAAUUGAUACUGUUUUGAGGGAAACGGGUAAAGAAAAACUUCAGUACGUCGGGUGGUCACAAGGAGCACUGCAGAUGCUCGCACUGCUUUCUGAGAAACCAGAAUACAACAAAAAGUCGGAGCUGAUCGCCACCAAAGGCUACCCGGUCGAAGAAUACGAGGCUAUCACCAGUGACGGUUACGUGAUUGGCAUUCAACGUAUUCCAAGAGGCAAGAACGAAAAUCCGGACCCACUUUUGACCAACAAGACGACCAUAUUGCUGCAACAUGGCAUGCUCGGUGCAUCAUCGGAUUUCGUUUUUAAUUUUCCUGACCAGAGCAUGGAUAAAACUUUGUGUCUCCAAUGCUCGUUACAAGACAUUUGUAUCCAUUCAAGUUCCAAUAUCAGUCAGCAAGUUUAUUAA